ACAAUAUUCAUUGAGAAUUGACGAGAAGUUACGAUUGCGAAAAGUCCCAAUGCUAAAAAUAAAGCCUUGGUAAUAACCUCUUUUUCCCUGGGGACUUGCCGAGUAAGCAGUUAGUUGUAAAGAUUGGAUUCUUACCCAUCCAGAAUGGUGUCAAUGAUGAACAGACUGAAUAUACAUGACCACCGUGGUGGAUAUGACGAGGUACCCCAGCAUCCAUUAGACAGAUUAGAACCUCUGAGAAAAAAAAUCAUCAGAAAAAACACUUUCGAUCGCUGGCCUAAAGAUGCUAUAAUCAGUCGUAAUAAUUUGAUUGACGAUGGAUUUUAUUAUAUGGGAACAGAUGAUAAAGUUCAGUGUGCAUAUUGCGGGGGAGUCCUCAGUGGGUGGCAGAAAGGUGAUAAUGUUCAUGAAGAACAUAAAAGACAUUUUGGGAAGUGUCCAAAGAUGAGGGUUGAUACUGUGAGUGAUGAUGAAAAUGACCUUGAGACUGAUGGUGUGGCAGAUUAUAGUGAGUAUGCAGACCAACAAGAUCAAGCACAACAAGGUUCACCCGUACAUCAACCUAAACAACAUAAUUUUGGAUUUCAGAAUGAACAAAAAGAUGAUUUUGUGGAAAAAUCUAUACCUGUCGCAAAGGUUCAUAAUCCAAAAUUUUCCUUGUACAUUGACAGAUUGGAAAGUUAUGAAAAUUGGCCAAGUGAUCAUCAUUUAAAACCUGAGGAAUUAGCAUCUGCAGGGCUACACUACAAAGGUUCAGGGGAUAAGUGCCAAUGUUUCAUGUGCGGAGGCAUACUAGAAGAAUGGGAAAAGGAAGAUAUACCAAAAGAAGAGCACAAGAGAUGGUUUCCAAAGUGUCAUAACAGCAUGGACAAUGAGUGAAGAAAUCUGUUACAACUAAUUAUAAGUCCCAUUUAUUUACACAUACCUGCCAACAUUUCAAAAUGCCCAUGGGGGUUUAGCGUGCAAGAUGGCUCUCAUUGUCCCACAAAACCUUUAAAGGGGCCUUCAAAUUUAUUUUAAUGAUGUUUAUUUGCUUCUUCACAAUCUUAUACCCAUGGUAAAAUUGAUUGUUUUGUUUAAAAUUGUGGACAAAAUUGCUUUUUUAAAAUUUCCAAUUGGGAGCCUCCAUGGGGGAAAUCCCCACAAAUAGUGACAGUUGGCAGGUAUGUUUUCCAUUUAUAAUAUUACUGUUUGAUUCAUUAUUAUUCAUGGGAUAACAAUUUUCAUGGAUUUCGCAGGUAUAUGAAAACCACUAAUUUUAAUGUUCAAUGAAGUAUAAAUUUUCUAUAGUCAUAUAUGCAGACUUUGGCAAAUUCAUGAAUUCAAAUAUUCAUGAAAAAUACAUUUUAUUUGCUCAAUCCAAGAAAAUUGUUACCCAUGAAACAUAUGAAUCCACAGUAGUACAAUUGUAUAACAUUUAAAUCAGAAGUGAUUGUGAUAAUGUUGUUAAAUUACUGAAGGUUGAACAGUAUUUUGAACUGUGUACUGUAAAUUAAAAAGAAAAGGAGUAUACCCCCUCAAAACCAGGGAGAUUCAAUGUCACCAAAUAAAACCCUAUUUUCUACAUUACUGUAAAUAUUUUUAACUAGACACUGCACCUUCCCUUGUAUACCACUUAGCCCAUAAUUUGACAAAGAGCCUGUCAUACCACACUAUUGAAUGCCUUCGAUAAAUCCAAAAAGGCUCAGUAGAGGGAUGCUUUAGAAGAACAGUACAAAGCACACAAACCUCACAAAGCUUAACAUUUAUCUUAGAUGCAUCGAUCCAUAGGUAAGGUGCCAUGUUUUCUCUAAGUACAAAUGUACUUUAUGAUGUUCUAGGAAGUUUACGAUAUGUAUUUCCAAAGUUCUUGAAAUAAGUUUGUAAACAUUUGACGACAAAGUGAUACCUUUCUUAAGUAUCAAGAUCGUAAACAGAAACAGGUUUUAUGUAGAAGUUGUAUAAUUCCCCUCUGCCAUUCAGCUGGUAUCAGUUCAGAAUCAAAUAUAAAGGUAAACAGAUCACAUAAAGAUUAUACCGUUGUAUCACCACCAUAUUUUAGGAAGUCGUUUGUAAUAUCAUCAAAGCAUUUUAUAAUUUAAUCCAACAUAAUGCAUUUGAAACGGAGGAAAAGUCACUGCUAGCAAUUGAUCUUAAUAUAAUAAACUAUUGUACAAUAUGUCAAGCUUUAUAUUGUCCCAAGAGACUUGUGAAUAAAUUAAACAUAAACAAUUAAAGAUAUGUCAUCAAUUCCUUAAAUUAGAAAGAACUUAAAUAUAUGACAUAAGACAACCACUAAAAAGAUUCCUGACAUCGGACAAGCACAUAUUUUUCUUUGAGUGUCAGUUCAUUAGUUGUAUUUGAUGGUUGUUAUGUGUUCUAAUAUGGUUUGGACUAUAUUUACACUUGUGUCAUAGUGGUUAAGUACAUUUAAUGUGCCUACAUGUAUCCAGCCACUUUUUGUUAUCUUAACUGUUGAAUCAGCAUUUUAUUCUGUGUUUAAACUUAUACUUCUGAUGAAACGCUGAGGCGUUGGAUAUGAAUGUGUAAUACAUUUUAAAUUUUAAUAGUUAAUUCAUAUUAUAUGAACAUGAUAAACCUAGACUUAAAUUACUUUGAAAUCUGCAUAGAUUUUGUUCUUUAUUUUAACAUGGUAUUGCUUUUUUUCCACAGUAUAAUAUAUUAACCCCAAUUUUAUAUAAGGUAGGUCAAUUUAUCUUCAUUUAGUGCCUGCAUUUCUUUAAUGAAAUCAUUAUAAUUUCCAUCUUCGCUAGCCAAGGGUUGGAGAGGAGGGGACUGGAUCGUAACCCUUGGCUAGCAAAGAUGAGUCAUUUCCAACUAAUCUUUUCAUGCUUUUUAUGUUACAUUUUUACAAUCACAUGCAUGUGAUAUGUCAUGUGUUUGCUGAUAAUUAACAUGAUUAAAGUGAUAAUUUUUUAUGUUAACAAUUUUGUCAGAUUUUUGCCUAAUUUGGAAAAGGUUUUGCUUCAUUAUCAUAUGACAUUUGCAACAUUAAAGUAAAGACAACACAAUUUUAUUUGGAUGUAUAUCUACUCAUUAUGGAUAUUUCUAAAAGAAGUUGUUGUUGGUGUAACGUUAAUGCAAAUGUUUUUUGGUACUUCUUAAACGUUCAUAACAGUUUAAAGCAAGAGUUAAGGAAAAAUGAAUGUUUGAUCUGUUUAAGUCUUAGUAUUUUAGAUUUAUACUAAUUGUUUUUAGAUGAAAUAUGAUAUAGGUCAAAAUUCAGGACCAAAAUCAUGACCUCUUGAACAUACACCUUUCAAACAAGUCUAGCAUUGGGUUUUCUUGGUUAUUUUACAGGUUUAUGGACAGAUGUUGCCAUAAGGUGUCAAAUAAAGCAAAAAUUCAUUUGAAAUCUAAUUUGACAAAUAAUUUGGAAUCGUUUAAUCUGACAGGGAGAUAUCAAUAAUUAAUCUAGAAACCUAUGUGCUAAUUAUGUUUCAGAUAUAUAAUAGGAAUAGCUCAGCAUUGGUAAAUAUUAAACUUCCUGUAUGUUCUCAUGGUCUGUGAUUGUGUUAUUGAGAAGAGAGAAAAAUAUUGAAAGUUAUAUUUACAAACAUAACAAAUUAAAGGAAGGUCAUACAUGUAUAAAUCCUACCUUCUAGAGAUCAAAGAAUUCAAUUGGUUGUUUGAUGUCACAUGCUGACCAUGUAUAUUUAAAAUACAGAGUAUACAAGAUUUAAUGUUAUAAGAUCUGUAAAAUUUUCAAAGUUAGUAAUAGAUAAAUAGAUACUCCUGUCUUUUCAUAGUAUCAGACUGUCAGAAGAAUAUAAAUAUUACACAGUUCAUCAGUAACCUAAUAUGGGAUAUACAUGGUCAGAACAUUUUAUAUGGAGAUUCAAGCUACGCACUUACCAAAAAUAAACUUAAAAGACUGUGUAUAUACCAUAUUAGGUCACUGGUAGAGUGUGUAAUAUAUUGGUUAUAAGACAUUGUGCAAAACUAGUUAGCUUCAAGCAAAAAAUAUAGAUUACAUGCCCCAGGGGAAAUCUUUAAAUUAUUUCAGAUCUUAAUGUACAGUAACAAUUCUUUCUCAAACUACAAUUUUAAAGAUAAAGAAAUAUUUGGUACCCUCAUUUAUAUUAAUUUUCAGUGUAAUUAAAGAUAAAAAUUGCUGAGUUUCAGUCAAUAUACAUGUAGUGGUAGAUGCAAAAGGUUAGAAAGAAUAUUUUUGAAAGGUACAACCACAAAAUUAAAAAGAAAAAACAGCAAAUAUAAAUAACACAAAUUAAGAAAAGCUAAAAUGCAGAAAUCGGCAGCCCCAUACUUCCACCUAUUUAAAGGUCUUUUUUGUUGAAAAAGGUAAAGAUCCAGAUGGCGUAAGGAUGACUGGGUAAGAAGAGUUAUGCAAAUGUUUGGCCCUUUUGACCAUUUCUAUCUUUUGUGUUUUAUCACAACACAACAUGUAUUUUGUCAGAAAAUUUAGAUACAAAAAAGGUUACUAUGUUCAUUUGUUACCUUUUAUAGAUUUUCCCUGGGUAUUUUAACCCCAAAAACUUCAUAAUGUGAAACAUUUUAUUUUAAUAUUUGAUGUUUAAUCUAGUGAUAACCUGAAAGGUGUGUUUUUACUGAAUCUGUUUUAUAUUUCUUUCUGUUAUUUUUAAUUUUUUGUUUUGAUUAAAUAUAUUUCAUGUA